AUGCCCAGCUCAUGUCUCAUGCUCCUGCCUAACACUGGCCUCCUUAGGCACAGCUCUUGCUUCUCAGUGGCCUCGCCAGGCCCAGCACCUGCAUCCCGGUGGCUUCUCCAGACCAAGAAUUUUCUCAAGUCUGCCAUUCCAGCCCAAACUGCUGCAUCCCAUUGGCCUCUACAGGUCCAACCUCUGCCUCACAGCAGACUCUCCAGGUCCAGCAUCUGCCUCACCACAGCCCCCAAGGCCAAGCUCCUGCCUUUCAGCAGCCUCUACAGGCCUAGCUCCUGCCUCCCAGUGGCCUCUCUGGGCCAAGCUCAUGCCUUACGGUGGCCAUUCCAGCCCAGCUUUUGCCUUUUGGCAGCCUCUCUAGGCCCAGAACUUCCACAAGUGAGCCUCUCCAGGCCCAGCUCUUCCUCCCGGCUGGAUCUCCAGGCCCACCUCCUGCCUCACAACUUCUUUCGGCUCAGCUCCUGCCCGGCUCCUGGAGGUCUUUGUAGGCCCAAAACUUCCUCACAUCAAGCUCACCCGCACAAACUUCUGCCUCCUGGUGGCCUGGAUAGGCCCAGCUCCUGCGUGACAAUGGCCUCUCCAGGCCCAGCUCUUGCUUCACGGAGGUCGCCCCGGCCAAGUUCCUGCCUGCAUCCCAGCAGCCUCAACAGGCCAAGCUCCUGCCUCACACUGGCAUCAUUAGGCCCAGUUCAUGCCUCACAGUGGCCUCUCCAGGCUGAUCUCUUGUCUCACACUGGCCUCUUUAAGCCCAGCUCAUGCCUCUUGGCAGCCUCUCCAGGCCCAGCUCCUGCCUCCUGUCAGCCUCUACAGGCCCAACAUCUGCCUCACAGCAGAUUCUCCAGGCCCAGCAUCUGCCUCACCGUGGCCCCCCCAAGCCAAGCCCCUACCUUUCAGCAGCCUCUACACACGCAGCUCCAGCCACCCAAUGACUCUUCAGGCCAAGCUCAUACCUCACGAGAGUUUUUCCAGGCCCAACUUUUGUCUCAUGGCAACCUUCCCUGGCCAGGCUUCCACCUAUUUCCAGGCCCAGGUCCUGCCACACACUGGCCUCUCUACGCCCAGCUCAUGCCUCACAGUGGCCUCUCCAGGCCCAGCCCCUGUCCCGGGACAUCAUCUACAGGUCCAAAACUUCCUCAAGUCAGCCUCUCCAGGCCCAGUUGCUGCCUCCCGGCAUCCUCUCCAGGCCUAGCUCUUCCUCCUGGCUGUGUCUACAAGCCCAACUCCUGCCUCACAACAACCUUUUAUGGCUCAGCUCCUGCCCAGCUCCUGCCAGCCUUUGUAGGCCCAAAACUUCCUCAAGUCAAGCUCUUUAGGCCCACCUUCUGCCUCGCGGUGGCCUGUACAGACCCAACUCUGGCUUGAGAACAGCCUCUGCAGGCCCCACU